CGCCGCAAAAUUGGGAUUUCCCCAAAGAACUUGAACGCAACAGCCUCUGGCAGUUUUCCGGGUGCGGGUAUAAAACCCACUCGGGAUGAGCGGCUCGCUUCAUCCCGAACUUCCGCUCGAAUAGCGACACCGGCUGCAUCAUCGGCCCACAAUCAACAAUGGAAGGCGGCUUUACCACAACCGGGGACGCCGAACUGGACCGCGCCGUCACGCAAUGGCUGCAGUAUGACAAGAACCCAAAGACGGCGUGCGCGGUGGAGAAGCUGCUGAAAGAGGGCGCCGUCGAGGCGCUGAAGAAAUGCUUCUCCUCCAGGAUGGAGUUCGGGACGGCGGGCCUGAGGGCGGCCAUGGGCCCCGGCGUCGCUUGCGUGAACGAGCUCACCGUCAUCCAGACUACGCAGGGUUUGUGUCGCUACUUGGAGGAAAGUUUUGUGAACCUGAAGGAGCGCGGCGUGGCGAUCGGCCACGACGCCCGAGCCCACCCGCCCAGCGGGGGCAGCAGCAAGCGCUUCGCCCGACUGGCCGCCGCCGCGUUCGUGGGCCGAGGGGUUCCGGUGCGCCUCUUCUCCGACGUCACCCCCACCCCCUUCGUGCCUUUCGCAGUUUCACACUUGGGUCUGUGUGCUGGUGUCAUGGUGACCGCCUCGCACAACCCCAAACAAGACAACGGCUACAAGGUCUACUGGGACAACGGUGCCCAGAUCGUGUCCCCCCACGACAAAGGCAUCUCCAAGGCCAUAGAGGAGAAUCUGGAGCCUUGGCCAGAGGCCUGGAACACGGAGGCGGCCCUGAAGAACCCCCUGCUGCAGGACCCUCUGGAGGACGUCAGCGCACGCUACUUGCAAGCCAUCCAGAGUCACUGCCUUCACAGGGAAUUAAACAAAAGCUCUGAGGUGAAAAUCGUACACACGUCGGUGCACGGCGUCGGCCACGCCUUCGUGCAGUCGGCUUUCCGGGCCUUCGACCUCCGCCCGCCGUACGCUGUGGCCCAGCAGAAAGACCCGGACCCCGAGUUCCCCACGGUCAAGUACCCCAAUCCCGAGGAGGGGGAGGGAGUUCUGAACCUCGCCUUUGCUUUGGCCGCAACGGAGGGGGCCACCGUCGUGCUGGCCAACGAUCCCGACGCCGAUCGGCUGGCCGUCGCCGAGAGGCAGCGCAGCGGGCAGUGGCGAGUUUUCAGCGGGAACGAGCUGGGAGCGUUACUGGGCUGGUGGAUGUUCCACUGCUGGAAAGAGCGAAGCCCCGACGUCGGCGCCGUCAAGAACGUCUACAUGUUGGCCAGCACCGUCUCGUCCAAGAUCCUGCGAGCCGUCGCCCUCAAGGAAGGCUUCCACUUUGAGGAAACGUUGACAGGGUUCAAAUGGAUGGGAAACCGAGCCCGAGACCUUUUAGAUCAAGGCAAGACCGUUCUGUUCGCCUUUGAGGAGGCCAUAGGUUACAUGUGCAGUCCCUCGGUCUUGGACAAAGAUGGCGUGAGCGCCGCCGCAAUAACCGGAGAGCUGCUUUCCUACCUGGCGGCCAAAAAUCAAACUCUUUCUCAGCAACUCACAAACAUCUAUGAAGAGUACGGCUACCACCUCAGCAAGAACUCUUACUUCAUCUGCCACGACCAGGACGUGAUCCGCGACUUGUUCGAGCGCCUGCGCAACUACGGCGGCGAGGCGGACUCGUACCCGAGCGAAUGCGGCCCUUUCGCGGUCACCGCCGUCCGCGACCUGACCACCGGCUUCGACAGCAACCGGCCGGAUAACAAAGCCGUUCUUCCCACCUCGCGUUCCAGUCAGAUGAUCACGUUCACCUUCUCCAACGGGGGCGUGGCCACCAUGAGAACCAGCGGCACCGAACCCAAAAUCAAAUAUUACACCGAGCUGUGCGCGGCCCCCGGUAACAGCGAUUUGGAGCACCUGAAGAAGGAACUGGACCAACUGGUGGAGGCCGUCGUUGAAAACUUCUUCGAGCCGCAGAAAAACAAACUGGAGCCGAAGCCAGAGUAGAACUGACGUGUGAAAAUCCGCAACGGAGCGAUUACGAACGCGGCAGACCAGACGAGCGACCGGCGGCCGACUUGCGAACGUCUCGAAUGGCAUCAAAAGCAACAUCAGCUGGAAAGAAAGUUGCGGAGGUUCUUUUUUGAACAUCCACAGUCGGAGUCCUCAUUUGCAUCAAGUCCGUGCGUUUUCGUUUCGGAGCUUUUUGGACACUUUCCCGACCAUCUUGAGGUGCUUUGUUACAGUUGGGAGCACUUUCAUGUCCGCAGAUUUUCAUUGGUGUUUUUCUGUGAGCGCCGUAGAAAUAAACACAUUCCAAACGGU